GUCCGCUCGUCGUCAUCCCGUCAUCUCCCUGAACUUGUCUGCAAAGUCUCUCCCUAUCUGUCAGUUCCCGUGAGCGGCUCUUGAUGCGCUUCAGCUUGUCACCGCUUCCCUUCCUCCAUCCGCGUCUGUCGUCCGAGCGUCUUCGCGACUGCUAAAACCGCUUCCCUCUUCCCCUCUCCUCUUUGAACACGAUCGUUGGCCGUUAUCUCCUCACACCUCGGAUUAUUAAUUAAUCUCAGCCCGUCGGUUUUAAGUUCCUCCUUACCACAUUUCCACAUCCGUCCACCCGGCGAUCGAAGAAACUAUUCCCCAGCAUCCCCACGCAUUGUAUUGAAGCUCCUGUCAAGGUUCUGGGGGAUCCGCGGGAAGUCCGCUCUCCGUACAUCGAUGGAUGUUUCGCUUUCCCCUUCGUAUUUGAAGGCGUUCAGAGCGCUGUCGAAACGGUAUCGGAAGCAAGGACUUGCUGAUGCAGCCGCCGAGCUAGAGACGGUGGUGGAGCAGGUUAGCAGUGAGAAUAGGGGUGACUCCGGUAUCGCGCUGAAGCGGUUCGGGGGGCUAGUCCUGGCCUUCCUUGAACGGGGUCAGUGGAACUCUGCCGUAGAUGUCGGAACAAUUGUGGUCGACGCCCGACGGGCGCAGCUAGGUCCCAACGACCCCAUCACCAUGGCCGCCGUUCACAACCUGGUUUCCGGGUAUUGUGGUCAGGGCCGUUGGGCGGAAGCGAUCGAUCUGGGUCGCCAGGUCACAGAGGCGCGCCGCAAAGUCUUGGGAGAGGACCACCCCCACACGAUGGCCUCUAUGUCCAACUUGGCUACCGCAUAUCGCAAGGAGGGGCAUUGGCGACAAUCUGAGGCACUGGAAGUUCGUCUGCUGCAGAUUAAGACCCGACGAUUCGGCCAGGAUGACCAGUCCACCCUCACGUCCAUGGGCAACCUGGCCAACACGUACACUCACAUGGGGCGAUAUGAUGAUGCGGAACGACUGGAGAAGAGGGUGGUGGAACAAUGUACACGUGCGAUGGGUGAGCACCAUGGGUCAACCUUGAUGUGGAAGUCCAACCUAGCAGCCACGUAUCGCGAGCAGGGUAAAUUGGAGGAGGCGUUGAAGUUGGAGUCGGAAGUGAUGGACAUCCGUAUCAAGCGGCUCGGGACCCAGCACCCCUUGACGCUGACAUCCAUGGCAAACCUUGCAACGAUGUACCGGGACCAGGGGCGGUUGGAGGAGGCAGAACAUCUGGAGACGCAGGUCGUAGAGAUAAGCAAGAUCAAACUAGGCGAGCAGCAUCCGCAGACUUUGAUGUCGAUGAUCAACUUGGCGUCCACCUACCGGGGGCAGGAACGGAUGGAGGAGGCCGCCAGUCUUGGGGCACGAGCGGUGGCUGUGAUGAAGUCACGCCUGGGUGAGCAGAAUCCAUUAACCCUGACUGCCAUGGCGGAUCUCGCCUUGACAUACCAGGGUCAAGGAAAGACGGGUAGCGCCGAAGCAUUGACCGUGCAGGCGUUGCGUCUGAUGCAGAAGAAUCUCGGAGCACUCCAUCCCCACACGUUGACGACCAUGGCCAACCUGGGGGCCAUCUACCAGUCCCAAGGCCGAUGGGACGAGGCUGAGACGCUCGUGGAGCAAGCCGUUCGUGGCCGGGAGAAGGUGUUAGGGAAAACACACCCAGACACGCAAGCGUCAAUGGAGGAUCUGCUGCGUGUGUAUCGAGUGUUGGCGGCGGAUCGCACGACGGGGAUACACAUGCGGCAUUCCCAGUAAAGAUGUGCGAUCAGUCAGGCGUUGGGAGUGUCAUGACAGUAUUUUCUUUUUCUUCUUCGUGGUCUGCUAUCUUGGUCAAUGAGUACAUGAUGAUAAUGAUGAUCAUUGGGAAGGAGUUUGGGACUGGAUCCGUGAAUCACCAGAGACACAUAUCAGCAUUUUGAGUAUUUACUUGCUACUUACUUACUACAUCGGAUGAUCA